AUGUCGCUUCUGGAAGUCCUGGUGACGCUCGCCAUGGUGUGCAUGGUGAACUACGACGUGGACUCCUUCGACGAGGCAAAGAAAGAAGUGACAGAGAGAGCAGAGAAGUUGAAGAAGGUUGAGGAAAGCCUGGAGAAGGAAAAGGAGGAGUUCGGAAACCAAAAGUCAGAGUCUGAGGAGACAGUGAAAAGGUUUUUGAAGAAGCAGAAGGAGGUGAAGGAAAAGGAAGACAAAGUUACAGAAAGAGAAGAGAAGUUAGAGAAAGACCAAGAGACCCUCCAAGAGCAAGCCAAGGUCUUAAGCGAGAAGGAGACAGAAAGAACCGCCGGCUACGACCAGGAGAGAGAAGAGUACGCCAAGAAGUACGUGGACGACGCAAAGAAGGACCUGGAGAGAGAGCUUAAAGUACUAAAGCAAGAAGAGAAAGUAAGGAACCAGAAGCUCGACGACCUCCAGUACGACUACAAGAGCCUCAAGGACGACUACCAGUACUUCAAAGGUUACUCACAGGAAGUGGAUGCACUUCUACUUGCAGCUAAGGACAAGAUCGUGAAGUACAAGAAGAAGGUCAAAAGCCUCAAGGAAACCAUAAGUGCAGCCCUGUCUGGAAGCGAAGGAGACGAAGCUACCGUCGACCCCAACGACAUAGCUGAGUUCACGCAGCUUGGCUACGUGUGGGAGUUCAACAAGAAGACGCAAGAGUACCGCGCGAAGUGCGAGGACAAGAAAGGAAGCACGAGAAUCAAGAACGCUCCGGUGAAAGGCCGCCUCCUUUGGAACAAGGUGACGGAGUGCUACAGAAGACACAACAUGUGGUUUACAGACGGAAAGGAAUUGGAUAAAUUCCUCGAGACCAAGGAGAACGAGAAGAUCGAGGAAGAGGUGCAGCGACGCAUCGGCAUGAAGGGCAAGAGCGACAACACAGGAACCAAGGGAAAAGGCCCUUCCUGGGACGACGGACACAACGACGGUUGGUGGUACAACGACCAGUGGAACAACGAGAACUGGAACACCAACGACGACGGCAGCAACUGGUACGAGAACGGGAACCCGAACAACAAAGGCUACUGGCAAUCGCCAGAAGAGUGGGCGCAGCAGAACCAGUGGGACCAGUGGACACCCAAAGGAAAGGGUAAAGGCAAGAAGUCCAAGAACUGGGUGCAGACCCAGUGA